AUGAGUGUAUCCGUUUUAGCGUCCAACCGAUUGUCAGUCAUGUUAUUCCCCACUAGUUUUCAUAAGAUGUGGAUGGGAUACCGUCUAUGGGUCGCUAUAGCCAUCCAGUAUCUCACCGGAUUGCUUAUCGGUCUUGCCACAUUUUUCAACGAAGUACAACUAUUUCGAAAUGGUAAAAACGGAAUAGUCCCAAAGUUUUUGAAUACAACUUUGACUAACAGAUUUUUCGCUAUUGGAGGAGUAUUUUUACUUGUAAAUUGUAUUUAUUUAGUGGGUACAUAUUGUUAUUUGUUUAUAGUAAUACGUAGAAGACAGAAGAAAAUGCACACCUCCACACCAAUGAUUAUAAAAUCUCGGACCAAAGAGCGUGCCAAAAUGCGAGAAGCUCGUUUAUUCACCAUGAGCACUAUAAUUGUGGGUGUCCAGUUGUGUAUUCUUAUACUCUUCAUCUUCAAAGGUGCCGACAUUUUAGCAUUCACCAGUGAUCAGUUUUAUUUGGUGUAUAAUGCAGUGAGCGACCUCUACGCAAGUAUCAACCCGUAUCUUCUUUGGGUAUUCUCAGAUUCACUCAGGAAAUAUAUACUUCAACGGCUAGGAUUUAUCAAGAAGAAUAAAAAUAUCACAUCAGUUACACCUAUCACUUUUGUGUUAUGA